AACUGAUUCGUGAUCGUGUGUGCAACAAUACUCGUACAAACAAUAUGCUGAAGUAUCUCAUCCUUACCCUGGCCCUCUGUGCUGCGGCCUACGCCGACGAGGAGUGGAAGCCCAAGACUGGCGACGAAAUCAAGAACAUACGCAUUGAGUGCCUGAAGGAGAGUCCCCUGAGCGGCGAUCAGAUCUCGCAGCUGAAGCAGCUGAUCUUCCCCGACGAGCCCGAUGUGCGCCAGUAUCUGCUCUGCUCCGCCCAGAAGCUGGACAUCUUCUGCACCCACGAGGGCUACCAUGCCGAUCGUCUUGCCAAGCAGUUCAAGAUGGACCUCACGGAGGAAGAGGCCCUGCAGAUCGCCCAGGGCUGCAUCGACAAGAACGAGGAGGGCAGCCCUGCGGAUGUGUGGGCCUUCCGUGGACACAAGUGUCUGAUGGCCAGCAAGAUCGGCGACAAGGUGAAGGCCUUCGUCAAGGCCAAGCAUGAGGCGGCCAAGGCCAGCGCUUAGGAUCUGAGACCAAUAAAAGUGUUCACAUUUUGUGCUGGAACGCAACUCGUUGAA